AUGAAUUCACCUGAAGACGCUGAAAAUAUUAAAAUGUUUUUUCAUCAUCAACAUUCAUUUGUAAUAUCAAAGAUCAUAUUUACUUCAAGUGAGCUGGGUGUCCUUGAUUUGCUGAGGGAGUCGGGGGAACCGCUCUCCUCUGCGACUGUGGCUGAGCGCUUGAAGACCAGUCUCACCGGGAUGCAGACACUGCUGGGGGCCUGUGUGGGGUUAAAGGUCCUGAAAGUGGAAUGGAAGGAGGGCAAAGGUCUUUAUGGAAACACAGAGUUUGCUGAUCUCUUUCUGGCUAAAUCAAGCUCAAAGUCUCAGUAUUAUACCAUGAAGUUCCAUUCAGAAGCUGUGUAUCCAGCUAUGCAACAUUUGUCUGAAGCUGUGAGGGAUGGGAAACCUCCGAUGCUAUCAAUAUAUGGCACUCCUUCAAAUGAAUUUUAUGGACCUCAGUACAGUUCAAAGGAAGGUGUUGAAAGCUUUUUCCAUUUCAUGAGUGAGGCUUGGAGUCUCUAUGGAAAAGAAGUGGUCUCUGCCUUUGAUCUUUCUGAAUUUCAGCUCAUUUAUGAUAUGGGUGGAAGUAGCGGUGGCUUAGCUAAGGAAUUGAUUUCAGUGUACCCAAAUUGUACCGUGAAACUUUUCGAUCUUCCUGGAGUUGUGGAAAUAUCAAAAAAAUAUAAUGCAUUUUCAGAUGAAUCCCAGAUCUCUUUCCACGAAGGGGAUUUUUUAAAAGAUCCAAUUCCCGAAGCAGAUCUUUACAUCUUAUCAAGAGUUUUGUAUAAUUGGAAUGAUGAAAAGUGUAUCCAGCUACUAACAAAAGUAUUUACAGCCUGUAAGCCAGGUGGUGGAGUCUUAGCAAUAGAUCCAAUUAUUGAUGACAAAAUAUCUGAGUCGCUUCCUGCUCAUUUGUACUGCAUUUUAAUGUUGCUUAUAUGUGAAGGAAAGUCAUGGAAAGAAUCAGAACAUCGAAUGCUCUUCCAAACUGCUGGCUUUAAAGACAUUCAGUUUAAGAAAGGAAAUGUUUAUGAUGUCAUUUUGGCCAGAAAAUAA